AUGAGCCACACCACAGCCACGACCAAAAGGACAUUUCCCCUGGAGCGGGACCAGGAUCUUGCAGAGGGUGAGGAGCUCAGAGGAGACCUGCCUGACCCACGCCCUGUCCCUGCAGCAUGUACUCGGAAGCAGCUCCAGCUCAACACCAGCAAUGCUCUUCCAUCCGCUACGUCUAAAAAUAACUUCUGUGUGCAACCUGAGCCCCCCUCACCCCCCUCUCAUCCCCCUCUCAUCCCCCUCUCAUCCCCCAAACUGCAGCCUCCCUCGUGGUGCAGUGAUGGAGGCUUCUGUCAGUGA